UGUCUCUGGUUAGUAGCUGUCUCUCGUUAGUAGCUGUCUCUGGUUAGUAGCUGCCUCUGAGGGUAUAAUAGAGGGAAUGAAAGAGAAGGAAAUGAUAGACAGGAAUAAAGAGGGGGAAGGGAGAUAUUUUGAAACUGACAGAAGUAGGUUGACCAACAGUCAGUUUUACAGUUUGGAGAGAGAGGGAGAGAAAUGAGAGAGGAGAAAAAUAAAAAGUGACUGCGAGAGAGAUCCAGAGACACUUGGGUAAUUACACAGAGAGGAAUAAGAGGGGCUUGAACGUGAAGUAGUGAAAUCGGGUCUGUGUGUAUAUGUGUGAGUGUUUCGAUAUGGAGUUGGAGCCUGUUAGCCUGUGUGUGUCUAAGCCAGAACAAGGGAAGAGUCGUCUUCUGAAGGCUGCGUUGGGUGUGUGUGUGUGUUUGGGCAUCGUUCUUCUGCUUGCUCUCAUAGUAGUCUCCCAGAGAGCCAAUCCGGAGGAGUUCUGCUUGACUCCACAGUGCGUUGAAGCAGCUGGUUCUAUCCUCAGUAAGAUGGACCGUGCUGUCUCUCCCUGUGAGGACUUCUAUAGGUUCUCCUGUGGCGGCUGGCUCAAAGAGAACCCAAUACCAGAAGACUCCUCUUCUUAUGGCAUCUACCCCUGGUUACGCCAACAAGUUGAUAUCAGACUCAAAGAUUUACUGGAGUCCAAGUCUCCUUCAGAGGAAAUAGAAGCUGUUCGGAAGGCUAAGGUCCUCUACCGAUCCUGUAUGGACGAAGCUGUAGUGGAGAAGGUAGACUGUGCUCCCCUGCUGAAGCUCCUACAACAGUCAGAGUUCCGCUGGCCAGUCCUGGAGGGUCUCGGGAGGGAAUGGCUCUGGUCACAAGAGCAAUGGGACCUCUUAAAAACAUUGGCACUAAUUAGGAAUCAACAUGGCAAGAGUGUUCUGAUUCGCUUAUUCAUCGCCCCUGAUGACAAGAACUCCACCCACUACAUCAUUAAGUUGGACCAGGCAUCUCUGUUUCUCUCCAGAGAAGAUUACAUCACCAACACCUCCAGUGCUCAGACUUACCGUAGCGCCCUCCUGAACCUCAUGGUGGACAUAGCAGUGAUGUUAGGAGCACCACAGGAAGCAGCCGAGACUCAGAUGAAAGAUGCCCUGACCUUCGAGACCAAACUUGCUAAGAUUGUGAUUCCCUUUGAGAACCGGACCAGUGAGAACUUGUACAACAGAUACACCAUCUCCCGUUUGCAACGCUCUGUACCACAGUUUGACUGGCUGUCUUUUAUAACUUCAAUAAUAGACUCAGCAGAUGAAGGUUUGUCUGUGUCUUCCUCUGAGCCGGUGAUCGUCCGCACCCCAACUUACUUCAAACAGCUGUUUAAACUCCUCAAUACUACUGAACCAAGGACAGUGAGUAACUAUGUCAUAUGGAGGACAGUAUUCUCCAGAAUCACAUCUCUCAGUCGACGCUUCUUAUACAGAUACCUGGACUUUGCACGGGUAACCACAGGAACAACUUCUCUAACCCCUCGCUGGGAUAAGUGUGUGAAUUACAUUGAGAACACCCUGGUGUAUGCCACUGGACGACUCUUCAUUGACACACACUUCCAGGAAGACAAGAAACACAUGAUGGAGGAGCUGAUUGAAGGGGUUCGCUGGGCGUUCAUCAACAUGUUGGAACGAGAGAAUGACUGGAUGGAUGAACCGACCAGGAAGAAAGCUAUAGAAAAGGCCCAUUCAGUCCUGGCUAAGGUUGGUUAUCCUCAAUUCAUCCUCAAUGACACCUACAUCAACGAAGAUAUUAAACAGCUGGUUUUCUCUGAGGAUGACUACUUCGGUAAUGUGAUGCAGACAUUGCGUUUCAUUGCCAAAUCAGAUAUCAUCUGGCUGCGGAGGGGUGUCCCACGUACUGAAUAUACUGUAUUCUGCUUGGAUGUGAUGUCACUGUGUUACAGAUGGUUCACCAAUCCCACAACAGUCAAUGCCUUCUACAGCUCCUCCACCAAUCAAAUACGGUUCCCAGCUGGAGAACUCCAGAAACCUUUUUUCUGGGGGCUGGACUAUCCUCGGUCUUUAAGCUAUGGAGCCAUAGGAGUGAUUGUUGGACAUGAGCUAACACAUGGAUUUGACAACAAUGGCAGGAAAUAUGAUAAGGAUGGUAAUCUGGACCAGUGGUGGAGCAACGCUUCAAUCUCCGCCUUCACUCAUAAGACCCAGUGUAUGAUUAACCAAUACAACGGCUACUACUGGGAAGAGGCGGGGCUUAAUGUGAGGGGGAAGAGGACUCUAGCAGAGAACAUUGCUGACAACGGAGGGAUCAGAGAAGCUUUCAAGGCCUACAGGAGGUGGAUUGAGAACAGUAGAGGAGGAGUUGAGGAGCCGUUACUUCCAGGACUUGGACUGAACAACAAUCAGCUUUUCUUCGUCAGCUAUGCACAUGUACGCUGUAACUCCUACCGACCUGAAGCAGCUCGAGACCAGAUCCAAAGUGGAGCACACAGCCCCCCAAAGUACAGGGUAAUUGGGGCAAUGAGUAACUUUGAAGAGUUCCACCAGGCAUUCAGUUGUCCUGAUUCAUCGAUUAUGAAGCGAGGGGUUGAGUCCUGCCGUAUUUGGUAGAGGAGGCCUUAUAACCUCUGACCUUUAAGCCCAACCCCAAGUUCCUCCCCUCCCAUCGACCAGAUCUUCAAGUGUUCAGAUGCUGAAUCGCAUUCAAACCAAUCACUGUUCUCUCUCUCAUUCAAACCAAUCACUGUUCUCUCUCUCUCAUUCAAACCAAUCACUGUUCUCUCCCAAAUCUGUUCUCAUUCAAACCAAUGUGUGUGUGUGUAUAAUGUGGUAUCUUGAUGUAAAGAGGUUCAUGUCAAAACUUAAGCAUUUAUUAACUUUUGUUGUUGUUUAUUGCAAACACAAAAACGACAGGACAUUAAUAACUUGGUCAAAAGCAAUUCCAUUGUUCUAUAAGUGUUGUUAAAAGCAGUCUUAUUUAAAGCCUCAUAUCAGCCACUUCGUUUCACAGAGAGACUUGAAUUGAACAUGUCUGUCUACAGGAGGUGUCUGUCUUUUUAUUUCUUCAUUUUUUAUAUUAAGCCUAUAAUAAACAUAUCCUCAAAAAACACAAGUAAUUAUGAUUACAUCUUAAAGGAACAAUGUUUAGAAUUGAAGGAGCUAUGUUUAGAUUUGAAGGAGCUAUGUGUAGAAUUGUUUUAUUAUGUUAUCAGACAAUAUCUAUAAUAUUUCUUCUGUAAAAGAGGAAUGAUAGCAAACUGUCUAUUGGUCUAAUAGAUAAGUGUGCUGUCCCUCUCUUCCAUUGACACCACUAAGAUAUGUGAUAUCCUCCUCUUUGAGCCCAUUGAUGAACAAUAGAACAAAAUAUACACCCAAUUUUGAUUUUAGAAAUCACAUAUGAACUUAAUACUACUGGAUUGGGAAGAGUCAGUUUCAAUGCAAACUGUUGUUACUGUAGUUCCUUUCCACAUUCCACAUUCUACAUAUUGUUCUUUACACUACAUCUGAUAUACUAGAGGCCCAUGGUUUACAUCUAAUAUACUUUGGGCCCAUGGUUUACAUCCAAUGCAGUAGAGGCCCAUGGUUUAGAUAUAAUAUACUAGAGGCCUAUGGUUUACACCUAAUAUAUUAGAGGCCCAUGGUUUACAUCUAAUAUACUAAAGGCCCAUGGUUUACAUCUAAUUUACUAGAGGCCCAUGGUUUAAAUCCAAUACAGUGGAGGCCCAUGGUUUACAUCUAAUACAGUAGAGGCCCAUGGUUUACAUCUAAUAUACUAGAGAUCCAUGGUUUACAUCUAAUAUACUAGAGGUCCAUGGUUUACAUCCAAUACAGUGGAGGCCCAUGGUUUACAUCUAAUACAGUAGAGACCCAUGGUUUACAUCUAAUACAGUAGAGUCCCAUGGUUUACAUCCAAUACAGUAGAGGCCCAUGGUGUACAUCCAAUACAGUGGAGGCCCAUGGUUUACUUCUAAUGCAGUAGAGACCCAUGGUUUACAUCUAAUACAGUAGAGGCCCAUAUUUUUUGAAUACGUCUAUUUCUUUCACUGUGUUAUCACUGGAACCCAUUACUACUUGCCAUUAUUUCUCUAUAUUACUCUAUUAAUUAGAGAUUCUGUCAUAUUACAUAAUUUGGUCAUGGAGAUAUCCAAACCAGUCUAACUGGAAUUAAUAUCUUAGAUUCGGGUUAGGUUUAGGGUUGAUGUGAGGCAUUUAAUUAAUUUAACUGUUAGAAAAUAUAGGUGUGAAAGGCACAUUCUACUUUAGAAAGUAUCUAGUUGAACCUAAAAUAUUGUAAUAUUUGUUAAGUAUAAAUGCAGUGCAUACAUAUUGUUCAUCAAAUCCCAGUACAUGUAAACAGAUGAUACGUGUUUCAAUUCUGGUUUUCUUGGAACGUCUUGCCAUUUCUGAUUAAACAACUGAUCUAAGUUCCCUUGAGAAACUGAUUAACAGCUGAUCUAAGUUCAACCAUAAAUUGAUUAACAAGUGAUUUAAGUCCUAUCAUCAACUGAUUUCCGACACUGUAAGGAUGUGGAUUUACUGCCAUUAAUUUGACAAACUAAUUAAAUAAUUUAUUCAAAACUGUUUGUGUAGAUGAAAUCUUGCAGUGCAGGUAAAAUAAUCAAAUGUACUGUUUUACAAAAUGUCUUAUUACACUGACAAUAGUUGACCAACAUGACUGACUUUAAUCACAUCAUCAGAAGUAAAGUCAUUUUUUAUGUUGUAUAUUUCACUUAGCUCAUGUCUAUGCUAGCGUGAUUUUAUGAUUAAUCAGUAUAAUCAGUUUCGUUUUUAUCUAGUUUCUUUCGAUUACUGUAUAUCAUGGAUGGACAAUGCAUUGCUAAUUAACAAACUUACAGUAAUGUCUGUGUUUUGAAUAA